AUGCCCAGCGACGACCAGGUGAUGGCUGGCUACAACAUCCCUCAUAAUAUCAUGGUGGUGGUGGCUCUGCGCAGGGCCGCGGAGAUGGUGAAGGGGCCGAUGAAGGAUGCCGAUCUCGCGUCGGAGCUGGAGGAGAUGGCCAGCAUCGUCGAAGAGGCAGUGCGCAAGCAUAGCGUCGUCGAGGACGCCGGCGGCAACAAGAUCUACGCAUUCCAGGUCGACGGCUGGGGCAACGCUACACCCAUGGACGACGCCAGCAUGCCCAAUCUGCUCUGGCUGCCUUACCUGGGCUACGCGGAUCCCGCCGGCCUCUACGAGCCGACCCGCAGGUUCGUCUUGAGCGGCGAGAGCCGCAAUUUCUUCUCGAGCGGCGCGAAUCACACAGGCCUGGAAGGCCUGGGGUCGCAGCACGAGAGCCACGGCCUGAGGCUCCUCCGCGGCCCCGAGUGCCACGGCAAGUGCCUGUGGCACCUCGGGCUUAUCAUGCAGCGCAUGACUGCAGACAGCGAGGAGGAGCGGCGCCACUGCAUGGAGCAGAUCCUGACCUCGAACUGCGGGACGAACAAGCUGCACGAGGGGUUCUCCCUCGAGAACUCGUACAGGUACAACCGCGACGGUUUCCGAUGGGCCAACGCGCUCUUUUCGGACUGGGUCCUGCGCGAUUGGGUGGGCCCAGAUGCACGCAGGGAGGCGGGUGGACAUGCGAUGCUGUUCGCACCGUGA